AUGUACAAUAUCAAUGAGAUGGUUGAGGUUAUGGGCAAGCGAAAGAAGAUGCCCACAACAAUAGGCAUCAACAUGGUGACGGGAAUCAUCUUCAUUUCCCCCGAGGGUGAUGAUAAUCAGCAAGAGUGGACAGCCGAGAAGCUGACCCAUUACUCUAUCGAAGGCAAGCAUGUCUUUGUUGACCUGGUUCGACCUAGCAAGAGUGUUGAUUUCCACGCCGGCGCCAAAGAUACCGCUUCAGAGAUUGUGGCUGCUCUUGGUGAAAUCGCUGGAGCUUAUAAGGCCGAGGGUCUUCGAGAAGUCCUCGCUGCCGGAAAGGGAGGUGGUGGCAAGAAGAAGGGACAGAUCUUAUACGACUUUAUGGCCCAAGGCGAGGAUGAGGUUACGGUGGCCGUGGGCGAUGAAGUUGUAGUCAUCGAUGACACCAAAUCUGAGGAAUGGUGGAUGGUCAAAAGACUGAAGAAUGGGAAGGAGGGCGUGGUUCCCAGCAGCUACGUUGAAGUGACCGGAUUUGUGACCCAAGAUACCCCUGUGUUGGUGGACUCAUCAGGUCUGUCCUCUGUGGAAAAGAACCGCCUGGAGGAGUCUCGGUUGGUUAAGGCAGUGAUGGGCAAAUCAAGAACCGACUCUAUGGACUCAUCCGAGAAACAACAUCGCAAACGUGACAGUAAAUCCAGCUCCAAGUCAAAGCCUGAUUCAAACAAAGUGAGAAAAUGGACCGACCGGACCAAGGCCUUUACGGUCGAAGCGCAGUUCAUUGGUCUCCAGGAUGGGAAGAUUCAUCUCCAUAAGACCAAUGGAAUCAAGAUUGCAGUUCCAGUAGCCAAGAUGUCCGUUGAGGAUUUGGAGUAUGUGGAGAAGGCUGCUGGUGUCUCUUUGGAUGAGGACAAGCCCUUGUCCAGUAUUCGGGCUCGAGCCACCUCCGACCCCAAGGGCGCCGCAGGUGCCUCUGUGCAACGGCCAGAGUAUGACUGGUUCGACUUCUUCCUGAAGUCCGGCGUUGGCCCACACCAGUGUGAACGUUAUGCACAGAAUUUCCUGAAGGAUUCGAUGGAUGAGUCUGUUCUACCUGAUAUCAGUCCCGAAACCCUUCGCUCUUUGGGAUUGAAGGAGGGUGAUAUUUUGCGGGUCAUGCGUCACCUCGACGCCACACUCGGACGUACUGGUUCCAAAUCCUCCAAGCUUCGCAAUGUCAGCUUUGGUGGUGAGGAGGUCAUUGGCAAUGGCGAUGAAGGCGGUCUUUUUGCUGGCCCUGGUGGCAUGUUGCGUAACAACACUCGCAAGGGACGUCCAGCACCCACUCUACAGGCCGGCGAUGUCGUGGACCCCAAGGCAUUUGAGCAAGCGGAUGGGUCGAAGCCGAAGGAGAAAGAGCGCUCUGCCAGUCCUCCAACUCCCGUAGCUCCCUCGGCCCCGGAGAAGCCCGUCCAACGUGGAUUCGACGAUGAUGCCUGGGAAGUAAAACAGCCCAAGCAAUCCACAACAUCGGCCCCUGCUGCCCGAGUCGCAUCUCCCCCAGCCGCGCCUGCUCCAGUCCAGAAGCAGGUGACUGGGGCGAUGGCGGAUUUGACUUUGCUUCAAGCUCCUCUACAGCCUACUCCCGCACCUGCGCCAACUGUUUCUAUCCCUGCUAUUCAGCCUCAGCAAACUGCCGUUCAGACCCCACCUCCACAGCAGCCACAAGCAACAGGUGCUACCCCCGACUUAUUUGCUCAGGUCGCACAACUUGGACAACAGGCUAGAGCGCGCCCACACGCCCCUCAGAACAUGAACCAGAACUCGCUUCUUCCUCCCCCUCCCCAACGCCCGCUCUCAGCGCCUCAAAACUUCUCGCAACAGCAGAAUUCUUUUGGCCCUCCUCCUUUGCAGGCUCAACUUACGGGUCUUCCCCAGGCCGGUCAACCAGUCGGUCCACCAGGUCAGAACUUCCAGCCCCAGAUGCCCCAGCAAACCGGCUUCAUGGGCCAGGGCCAGGGCCAGUUCCAGAAUGGAUUGAUGCCCCAGCCAACGGGAUUCACACCCCAAUCUCAAUUCGGGAUCCAGCAGCAACAGCAGCAGCAGCAACCCUACGGCAAUGGCCAGCCUGGUUUCCAAGGUGUCGCUCCUCAGCCCACAGGCUUCGGUGGAUUCGCGCAAUCCCAGCAGCCUAUGCAGCCUAUGCAGCCUAUGCAGACCGGCAUCAACUCUGUGCUUCCCCCUGCUCUGCAGCCUCAGCCAACUGGCAUGAAUGGGUUUGGCAAUGCCAACAACUAUAACCAAACCCCACCUCCAGUGCCUCCUAUCCCUCAGCAACCAACGGCGGCACCUCUGUCAGCUCAGCCCACCGGACCUCCUCCUUCAAUCAGGUUCGGUGUAAAGCCAGAUGCACCUCCCCCUAGGCUUGCUCCUCAACCGACAGGACUCAGGGCGAACCUUUCGCAAGCCACGCCCAACAAUCCUUUCGGCUUCUAA